UUUACCAGUGAGCAUUAGAUCGUGUGACCGCUGAAGUGUUCUGGUGUGUGCCACACUUUUCUGAUAUCUUGAUGAAUUUUAAUUUCUUGCCGAUGGCGCUUGAAGACCGGUCAAGCCCUAGUGCUGCGGCUAGUCCGAACAACACUGAACAAUCAAACGCCCCCAAUUCCCCGGAGUCAACCAGAACCUCCAGCUACACCUGCAUGACCAUCAACCAUGAAGAAACCUCGAGAAGCUAUAUGUCCACUCCUGCAUCGUCGCCAAACCACUACCAAAAACCCGAAACAGAAAGAUCCUUUUUUCGGAUAACAUCCUUUGCUCUUCCUAGCCCCAAAAGCGAAUUCGAACGAAAUAGUCCAAGGAGCUUUCGAUCCCCAUCACCUUCUGAAAGUGUUUCUUCGAAAUCGUGUUCUGAGCACAACGAACCCACCAUACAAACUCUAAAAUACUCUAUAAACAAUAUUCUUAAACCGGACUUCGGUAAAUCAGCGGUUCUCAAAACAAAAACAACACCAACAGUUAUCUUUAAACCAUACGAAAAGUGCGAAAAAGCUAAAGAAGACCUCGUGGCUCCCUUGGGGAGUUUGUGCCAGACCGUUUCACAAAUCGGAAGUUUCAUUAAGAAAAGUCCGGAGCUAAUUUCGAGGCCGAAGAGUCCAGUUAAGACGCUGCCGAAUCCUGAGGAGAUCAAGAAAGACGAAGACGGAAACGUACCGACACUCUGGCCUGCAUGGGUCUACUGCACGCGGUAUUCGGACCGACCGAGUUCAGGUCCUCGAUCCAGAAGGAUGAAAAAGUGUCCAAAAACCAAUGAAGACAAGAGGCCCAGAACAGCUUUUUCCAGCGCACAGCUCCAAAGAUUAAAGCACGAGUUCAACGAGAACCGCUACCUAACAGAACGAAGAAGACAACAGCUUAGUGGUGAAUUGGGUUUAAACGAGGCUCAGAUAAAAAUAUGGUUCCAAAAUAAAAGAGCGAAAAUAAAGAAAUCCUCGGGCCAAAAAAACGCUCUAGCGCUCCAACUUAUGGCGCAGGGAUUGUAUAACCAUUCGACUGUUCCUUGCGACGAAGACGAUAUGCCACUAUCAUCGUAAUUUUGUUAUUUUGUUGGGUGUUAUAUUGGGAAUGUACACAUAGGAAAGUCGUCCUACAUAAUUUUACAGAUCGUGUUGACUUCUUUCUCUCUUGGCGACACUUGCAAUAAUUAUCGGAACCUCGACAGAAAGAGUCAUCUACAAUAUUCUCUAAAGAUUUCGUAGCAAGUAUAGUGUAGGGAACAGAGGUUAAACCUCUCAAAAUGGACACAAGUCCGGUUUUAUUCAUUUUCUGGUAUAUCAAGGGGUGGUUAUUAUAAGACUUAAUUUUUGCUUAAAAAAUUUCACCCCGGAAGCCCCCUUUUCAUCCCUUUAAAGGAGGUAAUUUGUUGUUUUUGCGAAACGUAGCCCUUCCUGUACGUUUUGCAAAAAAUUUACUUGAUAUAAAAAAGAAGAGAACUAUAUCUCCUACUAUUUAUUUUUCGACAGCAUAUGUCUAUCACCCACCGUUUAGAGGGGGUGGCGCCCCAAAAUUGACAAGUUUUUAAAAAAGAUGUUUAAAAAAAUUAUUUUUCCCUAUUUGUAAUGAAAAUUGACAAGAAACCUUGGAGAAAUUAAUCACAAAUAAGUGGCUGAUUUUUUGGUAUAGGUUUGAUUUAAGGGCAAUUGCCCAUUUUUUAAUUACAGGGUGUUACAUUUUAAAAAACCCCUAUUUAUACCAUCUGAACCGCCAACGCUAGAUUAAAAAAACUUUCAGCGAUUAUCCAUGUACUGGUGUUAUUUACAAAUUUCUAUAAUGCACCCCCAUUUUUUUCCGGAACCACCCCAAAAAAAUAAGAAUUAAUAAAGAAAGUGCACGUUCUUAUUACCCAUGCAUAGACACCAAAAGCGAUUUCUUAAUGCAACCCCUGUAGCCAAAAAAAAAAAUAAAUAAAGGGGGGGUUGAUAAAAUUUUUUUUUUUUGCUUUUUGACCCAUAUGGACAUAUGCUCCAUCAAUAGGGAUUUUCAUAAAUAUAUAUGAUUAUUGCAACAUCACUGCGGAUACUACCCCUAUCCUUGAAAAGAGACUGCAGAAACUACCCCUAUCCCUUGGAGAGCAUGUUUUUACGAUUUUUUAAUUAUCUAUGCAUUUUUUUUAAACAAUAUUUAUAUAGAAUUAAAUACCACUAUUUUCUCUACAACUAAGGUCCUAUGCAUUCUUUUCGUAUAAGCAAGCAACCGUUACGGCACAGUGGCGCCGUUAACCUCCGAAAUACUUUGACGGCUCCAGUUUUUGCUUUUUUUUUCGUCACCUAUUCAUUUUAUUGAUAACGUACUUAUGGGAAAUAACAGAACACACUGUCUGCUACACAUUAUGACCUAUGCAUAUUUUAUUUUCUUUGCACCCUAAAGCCACAGUGGUGGCUCAAAAUCAAUUUUUGAUUAUUUUCUUUAUUAAUUCUUCUUUUUUUUGGGUGGUUCCGGGGAAAACAUGGGGGUGCAUUAUACAAAUUUGUAAAUAACACCAGUACAUGGAUAAUCGCUUAAGUUUUUUAAGUUUUUUUACUCUAGCAUAGGCAGUUCAGAUGGUAUAAAAAGGGUUUUAUUAAAAUGUAACACCCUGUAAUUCAAAAAUGGGCAAUUGUCCUUAAACCUAUACCAAAAAAUCAGCCACUUAUUUGUGAUUAAUUUCUCCAAGGUUUCUUGUCAAUUUUCAUUACAAAUAGGGAAAAAUAAUUUUUUUUAAACAUCUUUUUUAAAAACUUUUCAACUUUGGGGCGCCACCCCCGCUAAACGGUGGGUGAUAGACAUAUGCUGUCGGAAAAUAAAUAGUAGGAAAUAUGGUUCUCUUCAUUUUACUAUCAAAUAAUUUUUUUCCGAAACGUACAGGAAGGCUACGUUUCGCAAAAACCACAAAUUACCCCAAUUAAAGGGAUGAAAAGAGGGGUUCCGGGGCGAAAUUUUUUAAGAAAAAGUCUCAUAGUCUCAUAAUAAGCACCCCUUGAUAUACCAGAAAGAAAAUAAAAACGGACUUGUGUCCAUUUUGCGCGGUUCAACCUCUGUUUCCUACACUAGUAGGUUAUUCUUUGAAUACAAUCAAUUGCCUUCUACAGUUUCUACUAAUUUAUCGUAUCUCCUUCCAAUUUUUUCUGACACACUCCAUUUUUUCUGAUUCCCUCAUUUUUUUCUAGAACCCUCCAAUUUUAUCUGAUACCGUCCACUUUUUUCUGACUCUUAUUUUUUUAUAUUCUUUUUAUUUUAUAACUCGAGGAGGACUGGAUUGAGCUACUUUUGAUUUUGAAAUAUUUGUAGAAGUCUAAAAGAAGAUCUUUACAAUAUCCCAUUAGAUAUCAAAGUUUAUUAGUUGUAUAGGAAGUCUGUAAAAAAUGUGAUCCUUGCUUAAGAAUAUCUCUAUUUUUUACAUUAUCGAAGAUUAAUAUACCGAAAAUAUGUUUAUAAUUAAAAAUAAUUUUGAAACCUCCUUUAGAUACUUAUAACAAAAACUAUUUUUCAACGUCUUCUCUGCGAUAAAGUUAAAAAUUCAAGUUUGUUCAUUAAUGCAAUACAUUUUAAUAUCUAAUUAUAAAUUUAAUGAAACAAUUCUAAAUACCACAUUUAGAUCAAACAAAGUGCCAAAAGCAUGGAUUUCACGGGAAACGUAAAAAGUAAAUAGACCCGAACUUAACUGCAGUUUUAGUGACGUAAAUCUAAAGGAGUAUAAUAUUACUGUCUAUAUGACAAUAGCAUUGUUGUUUUUAGUAUUUUCUUUACAAUUUCAUCACAUUUUCUCACUUUUUAAACUUUCUUUGGACCUCUACAAAUGUUUUAAAAUGAAAUUACUUAACUAAUUCGAUCCAGUCAUUCUUAUAUCUGGAGCUAUUAUAAAAAAGAUAUAACAAAAUAAAAUGACGUUUAUUAAACGUCAUUCAAUGUUUACAUAUCGAAACCUAACCGGACACACUGCGUGACUUGUCACAUUAGGAUUUUAAAUGAUUAGAUAAUUCGAUGAACACGGUCUGUUAUUUUUUCUCUUUCCUUUGUCUUUUAUCGAUAUUUACCUUAGAAUUCACUAAAUAUUUUCAUAAAUUAUGUAGGAUGUACACCUUCAAUAUUUUAAUAAGUGAAAUAAGAACAAACGCAGCCGAUAAAAUUGAUUCUUUUUGUAAAAAAAACAUUUAUUAUAAUUUAAAUGUAGAUGUGUAAAAUAUUGCUUUAUAAAGUGGGCUGGUUGUUUUAGAGUUCUUCUUUCACUUGUUUACAAGUUUUAUUUAUUAUUUUUCAAUCGAUCUCAUUUAAGUAUUUAUUUUGUACAAAUAAUAUUAAAAUGUAAAUAUUGUACAGUGUUUGAAAUAAUAUGGUAUACCUAUAGGAGUGUAAAAAGCUUUUUCUUAAAGAUUUUGCGCUAAUGGUAUUAUCGUAUAUAUCUCUCAAUUGCUUUAUUAAGAGCCUUUGACAUAGACUGAAAUAGAUAUAAUAGACUUAGUGAUAGCUAUAUGUUCUGAUUCAAUUGAUUUUCACAGGGAUUUCAUCAUAGUUAAGUAUCUAAAUAAUUCAAAUAUACAUAAUGUUAUUGAAUCCAUUAUCUAUAAACGCAAAUAACUUGAAGCUACGUAGGUACUCUAUCGCAUUGAGUCAACAGGAUUAUAUUUUCUUAAAAAGUAACGAAGAAUAAAAAAACAUGCUGAAAUGAUUAUUACGACAAUGGCGUAGAUUGAAAGGGGAAAAAGGUGGAAAAA